GCAAGACGAGAAGCAAGAAUAAAAUAGACGAGAAUCAGGACCAGGACCAGAGCCAGGUCUAGGACCGGGAUCUGGACUAGAACCAGGAUCAGGUCCAGGACCAGACGCUGGAGAAUGCAUCGCGUCCCAGAAAGUGCGUGCGUCUUGACGCAGCGUUGCUCUGUGCGGAAGUACUUUCAUCCAGCGGGAGGAGAAGAAGAAGAGGCCGCUCCUUCGUCUCAACUCUCGGCCUGAACGCAGCUCCGUCCCCGGAGGAACCGACUCCUCCUCCGCCGCCAGCAGCAGCUCCUCCGCCGGCCUCCGGGAUCCAGGGGCGAUGGCGAGGCCGAGCCACAGCGAUCACGUCCUCCAGCAGCUCAACAACCAGCGGGAGUGGGGCUUCCUGUGCGACUGCCUCAUCGCCAUCGGUGACAUCUACUUCAGGGCUCACAAGGCCGUCCUGGCGGCCUGCAGCUCCUACUUCAGGAUGAUGUUCAUCCGGGACCAGCAGGGGGCGGGACGCCUGGACCUCAGCAACAUGCAGAUCAGCGCCGAGUGCUUCGACCUCAUCCUGCAGCUCAUGUACCUCGGGCGCAUCGUGGUGGGGAGCUACGAGUUCGAGGAGCUCAAGGCGUCCAUGGCCUACCUGCAGAUGUACUACAUCCCCGACUCGCUGGAGGACCUCAGGGACAUCCGGAGCUCCAACCUCACCCCGUCCUCCUGCGCCUCCUCGUCCUCCUCUUCCUCCUCCUCCGCUGGACCCGCCGGAGGGAAAAUGAUGUUUGGGGUCCGCAUGUACGAGCAGCAGAGGCCCGCCGCCCCCGAAGGAGAGCGCCCGCCCAAACCCGCCAACAGCAGCGCUGGCCGUCCGGCGGGUCCAGCCUCCGUCAGCCGGCCUGUGGCGGCGGAGGAGGUGGUGGCGGCGCCUCUGAUGGUGGCGCCGGCAGCUUCGGACGGAGCGGUCGAGCAGCCGUGUGACCUGAGGAAGAGGACGAGCGGCCGGAGCUCGGCGCUCAAAGACCGGCCGCGGUUCGGACGCACCUACACCUGCGACGACUGUGGCUUUGUCUUCAGCUGCGAGAAGCUUUUAAUCGAACACAUCCUGACCUGCACCAACCGGAAGGCCUACCAUCCGCCCCGGGGCAACGCCGAGGGCGACAACGACUCCAGUAAAGCUGAGAGCUCCACCUCCGAGAGCGUAGACGAACACAGGGUCGUCUGUAAAGGCGAGGACGACUGGCCUGAGGCCAAGGACGCCGCAGACCUGUCCAUCAGGUCGGCGGUAGCGGGGCCGGACGGAGAACCCGGGUCAACCAAGACCAUCAAGACUGAACCGGAGGAGGGCGUGUUCCCGGAGUUUGAGGUGGUCCGGGUGGGAGAGCACGGGUCCAGAGACUGUAGCACACACUUCAGUGAAGCCUCACACAAAGACUCGGUGAGGGAGAAGACGGCAUCCACCCGCGAACCAGAACCCAGCGUCUCCGGCCUGGAGAACAGCAGCGAAGGCCACAUGUCGAGCAGCGACGAUUCAGGGAUCCCCGCCAAGCUCCGCAAGGUCAAAGACGAGAAGCCGGACGCCGACUGCGUCCCCUGUGAACUGUGUGGAGCUCUGUUAACGGACGAGGACAAGUCCGCCCACUACCUGGCCAACCACAUGGGCCACAUCUGCGCCUGCGGCCGGUGCGGCCAGGUGCUGAUCAAAGGCCGGCAGCUGCAGGAGCACGCAGAGCGCUGCGGCGAAUCCCACGGCGCCGAGUCGGACUCCCACGGCGAGGACGAGGCCUCGCUGCUGGAGGAGGCGCAGGGCAUGGAGGAGGGCCUGCUGGAGGCCGGAGACCUGGCCUGCCCCCACUGUGGCCUGCUGUUCCAGAACGAGAGCCUGGCUCUGGAGCACGCCCUGUCCUGCCACGACCAGGAGCUGUUCCGCCCGGCCAUCCUGGAGGAGGGCGCCGAACCGGAUCACCGCCGCAAACACUUCUGCAGCAUCUGCGGUAAAGGCUUCUACCAGCGCUGCCACCUGAGGGAGCACUACACCGUCCACACCAAGGAGAAGCAGUUCACCUGCCAGACCUGCGGGAAGCAGUUCCUGCGCGAGCGGCAGCUCCGGCUUCACACCGACAUGCACAAAGGCAUGGCGCGCUACGUCUGCCCGGUCUGCGACCAGGGAACCUUCCUCAAGCACGACCACGUCCGACACAUGAUCUCACACCUGUCGGCCGGAGAAACCAUCUGCCAGGUGUGCUUCCAGAUCUUCCCCGGUGGAGAGCAGCUGGAGAAACACAUGGACGUCCACCUGUACAUCUGUGGCGUCUGUGGAGAAAAGUUCCGGCUCCGUAAAGACAUGAGGAGCCACUAUAACUCCAAGCACACCAAGAGACUAUAGGGACGAGCCCAGCGCCUGGUUUCUACUCGUUUGUUACUAAAAGCCAUAAAUGUGAGAACAAAUUAUGCACUUGAACACCAAAAAGACGACUUUUUAAUCCGCACUUUUAAAGUAUAUGCAUCACCUAAACAGGCGUUCACACUGCGAGCACCAGGCUUUUAUUUCCCUCUCUGCACAUCAGGCCACAACCAGUCUCCUUCACACGGUUGCUAAGGCGACAUGUUGGCUAACGUCUCAUUUAACCAGUUGAUCUGAUUCUAAAACGUCGGUGAAAAUAGAACCGUUCUCAGACGGAUCUGGACCAGGGGACGUCUGUCCUCCUCGUCCUCAGUCUCGUUGCUCUCAGUGUGAACUUGUGGUGAGACUGGAAGUGAACUCCAGAAGAAACACCAGGAUGUAAGUAGGACGCUUUAACCCAGUCCAGACUCCAGACCUGGGUCUAGGGGCCCGUAUCGGUGACGACGCCUGGUUGAGUUUCUGUUUGGAGUUGACGUCCUGUUUCAGAAAGCUUCAACUUGUCCCAGCUUUGACGUCGACGUAUAUCCCAGAAUACUAAAGUCUCUGAUGACUAAACCCUCUCAUGUUGUACUUUCUCCAGUUUUCUUCUUCUUCUUUGGUUGAUUCACAUUCAGUCCAACACCCUGUGAUCGGUGCCUUUACUGUUAGAGGUCCUCCUCCCGGUCUGAUGGAGUGAUGCAUGAUGGGGGAUGGACCGGGGCCGGAGACAACAAAACACUAGAACCCCCCCACCCUCCACCCUCCACCACCACCACCAGCACCACCUCCACCUCCCGCUGGGCGACCUUUGACUCACUAAUGCCUUAUGGGUCAUUUAAAGUUCUGUUCCUGACAUUAAACACAAAACCAAACCCUGUGUGGUCAGGACCAGGUCUACGCAGGUCCAGCUCCUCAACAACAAUAAUAAUAAUAAUAAUAAUAAUAAUAAUAAUAAUAAUAUCCAGACCAAUAUUCAACCACAUAAACACCUGGACCCGUCCGCCUACGUAUGAGGCAUCAUGUCAUUGAUCCAUAGAACGAGUCACAUCCACAGACUGAAUCCUAGAAUCUGAUCUAUGAGACUGAAGAGAAAUAAAUAGCAGAUCUACUUUAAAACCAUUGUUGCUCUUCAUCCAUGUGGUAUUAACCAGGUAAAAUGAUUCCUGCUCCAUCCAGUCUGUAGCGUUGAACCCAUUCAGAACCUUAGAACGUUCUUUAGGAACCUUUUAUCUUGACCUCCAUCUAGUAGCAGCUCAGAUCUGUAGGAAUACGGGUCCAGGUGUUCCAGAACCGGGCUUUGGGUCCAGAACAAUCUUUAAACGUUCUUAACAUUGUUCAGAGAAAGUGAUUAAAGAACGUGUGGUUUAAUGAUCCACUUCAUGAGCUGAACUCUAGACCUGAUCCACCAGGAAACCAGGAACCAGCGUUGGUUCAAACUAAACCUGCGCCCCCCCCCCCACUAGUCCAGAACCGACAGAGAUCAAGGUCCUAGACUCAUGUUUGAAACCAAAAGCUGCUCCCAACCAAAGUACCCAGUCACCAGUAGGGGGCGGAGCUUUAGAAGACUGAAUGAUGGAACCUGAAGCAGACAGUUCCUGGUUCCUGGGGGGGCGCCGCUGUCCACACUGGUGGGUGGUUUUGUGGAUUUAAAGGUGUGGUUCCUGAUGGAUCAGCUGUUUGUUGUGUUCUCUGAGGUUCUUCUACCAAACUCUUAAUAAACCAAGUCAACUUCUGUUUGUGAA